AUGUUGUAUUCUGCUUUGUCUGUGUGCAUGUUGUCAUUUUUCACAGCCGCCUCACCAAUAACCCCACCAACCGAUCUCAGCCAUGGGGACACCCUUCGCUAUGGUUCUGCGGAAUCGGUCGGAAUGCUUUCAACUCCGCUCAAUGACAUGGUUGCAAAUUUGACCGCAUACACACAUGCAGCAAAUUACGGUUCGGCCACACACUACAUCGUCCACCCAGUUGAGCCGGGCUCCGUCACAAUCAUCGGGCAUAACUCUGUCAUCGUCUCAGAAGUGGCAGUGGGAAAACGGGAUCUCUACGCAGAUGUGAAUGGGACCCUUCUCCCAGAUCAUCUGCAAGAAGAUGCUACGGUUGACACUAUUUACGACAUGGCAAGCUUGACGAAGCUGUUCACCACGAUUGCCGGACUGCGUCAAAUUGAUGCCGGAAAGCUCAACCUGAAUAGCACUGUAGCUUCCUACAUUCCACAAUUUGCAGUCAACGGCAAGGAGGCUAUCACAAUCCUUCAACUCUUCACUCAUACGAGCGGUUUCGAUGCAGACCCGUCACCCUCACUCUUCUCGUCCAACUACACAACCUAUACGGAAAGAAUCAACGCCAUUAUUCAACAGAAGAUUAUCAACCCGCCAGGAAGCACAUUCCUGUACUCAGAUCUCAAUUUCAUGAGCAUGAUGCUCAUCCUCGAACAUAUUACGGGACAGCCGCUCGAUGCACUCAUUUACGAGUACACAAUUCCUCUAGGCAUGAAAUCCACAUUUUUCAACCGUGGAAAUAUCGAGGGACCAGCUUUCCCAUUCUACGGCUCCAUGGCUACCCAAGAGUUCCAAAUCGCCGUCCUAGGCCCCGCGGAACCGCAGCGUCCUCAGCCUAUUCGUGGAACCGUGCAUGAUGAGAACGCGUGGGCUCUGGGCGGUGUUUCUGGACACGCGGGAUUAUUCUCCACUGUGAGCGACACGGCCAUCUUCUGCCAGAUGAUUCUCAACAAUGGAACCUACGGAGGCAUCCGCAUUCUGUCUCAGGACGUUGUAGACUUGAUUUUCUACAACUUCAACACGGCGUUCCCAGGCGAGGAACACGGCUUGGGGUUUGAAUUGAAUCAGUAUUAUACAGCUGGGCCAAUGGCCAGUUUGUUGACGGCUAGCCAUACGGGUUAUACGGGAACUACGCUGGUGAUUGAUAGAGGGACGAAUAGCUUCUGGUUACAUUUCGCGAAUCGGGUGCAUCCGAGCAGGAAUUGGAGUAGCAAUAAUAUUGUGAGAGAGGCUGUUGGUUACUGGGUUGGAAAAAGCUUAGGGUUGAAUGUUGCCUUCCCAUGA